AUGGCUAGUGAAAAUGACUCAGUAGAUAUCGACUCACUGGAUAGCAAAGUAAUUGGUACGGAAUUUGUCCGCCGCUACUACACCAUGCUACAUGAGAAUCCGAAAGAAUUGUCCAAAUUUUAUGGUAAAGAAUCAGUCUUUCUUCAUGCUGAUGAUAAAGAUGGAUCCAGUGAUAAUGCCGUUAUUGGUCAAGAGAGCAUCGUCAAGAAGAUAGAAUCUCUUGAAUUGAGUGAUUGUUUUGCUAAAAUCAAGCAGGUUGACUGCCAGUCGACAGUUGCUGAUUGCAUUUUGAUCCAGGUUUCUGGAACCUUUACUCAUACGAACAAGCCAUGGCGCCCAUUCGUACAAAGUAUAUUGUUGGAGCGAGAGUCACCAAACCUGUACUAUGCCCGAAACGAUAUUUUUCGCUAUCAGCCACCAAACGAACCAGAAGGUGGAGAUGACACGAUCGACCUUGAGGAUGCUGAAGAGCAGGAAGAAGCUGAAAGUGUUAAAGAUACUUCCGAAAAUGUUCCUACUGAACCAGCAAGUGAUCAAACGAACGAUGAUGAAGCAAGCACUAGUAAUGAAGAUCAACUGCAAAAUUCAGAAAAGCCUUCCCCUGCUGCUAAAAGAAAUGCAGCUGAUGAGCAAAAAUCGGAAUCCCUUUCAAAUCAGCAGGAUAGCUCCAAUCAAGUCUCUGAUGUUCAAGAACAGGAUGACUCAAAGGCCGACGGAAAUAAUGAAUCGGCGAAAAAGGAUGCUGGUGUUCGUACGUGGGCAGCCUUGGCCGGUAAAUCGCCUGAUGUUCCUAUCAAUACAGAAGCUGCACCGAAAAAAGUGAUUCGCAAACCGGUUGAAAACUCAGGAAAAAGCUCGCGUUCCAAUCAGCAUCAUAAAGAGGACGGCCAAUCGCAACGUUCCAACAAUUUCCGAAAUUCAUCGCAACGCGAUGGGCAGCAAACCGAUUAUCAAAUCUUUAUCGGAGGAUUAACUCCCGAGAUCAGUGAGAAAGAAUUGCGAAAUGAAUUUUCAGUAUUUGGCGAGGUCAAGCACAUCAAAACUAAUACAUCAAAGGGCUUCGGAUUUGUUAGUUUUGAGAACGAAGAAAGCGUUAAGAGGGCUCUAACUACUGAGCUGAAAAUUUUUGUCGGUAAAACGCAAAUAAAUAUUGAAGAGAAAAAGAGCUCAAACGUUCGCCAUGACAAUCGCAGAGGCAGAGAUGGAGGACGUCAUUCUGGAUUUCAUAAUAGGCAGAACAGAUCCGGCGGCUAUCGUAGCGGCGAAAGAGGCAGCGGAAGACGUCAGGACAGAAACUAAGAAGCUGUUCUUGUUAUCCUUGAGCUACUGAUACCGUAGGCGCUAAUGAUGUGAUUUUUUAGUCUAUUAGUUAGUAGAUUACUGAUGCUGAUAACAUUACGGAACGAAUGUAGUUUAAUAUGUGGUUUUAUAACUUACUGUAAUAUUGUUGAUAUCGCUUUAGCUUUACUGUUUACAACUGUACUGUAAACCGUAAAAAACUGCUUGACGUAGAACAUUAGCACAAUUCACUGGUAGCUCUCAUCUCUUUAACUUCAACUACAUUCU